CCAACACACUAAUUUUCGAUUAUGGCUAGCAAACUUUGCAGAAGGUUCUUUCUUUCAAAAAACUUACCUCGUUUUGUAUUAAGUAAAAAAUUUUCUGCUUCAAAAUGUCAUAUGGCUGGGUUGUUCAACAACUUCACCGUGAACUGUGAUAAACGUUUGUCAUUUGACACAUUUCAAAAUUCUUUAUCAUUUUCUAAAGUCUGCGGCUGUGGCGUGCAUAAUGGUUCUCCUGGUGACCAAGAGCUAUUAGCUUUUUUGAAAGAAGAAUUGCAGUAUGAGAAAGACAGUAUGCAGGGCCUUCCUAAACCAAAACUUGAUGAAUUCAACAAAGUGGAUGAUAUGAACACAACAAGUUUUAAAAUAAGCAGAAAGAUAAAUGGUGAAAGGAUUGUUGUUUCAUUUGACAUUGAUGAAAGCAUGAAUAAGGAAGAAUUUGAUGAUGAAGACAGUACUAUUGAUGGAAAUGUCACAUCUUAUCCUUCAUUUUCAAUACAAAUUAUUAAAGAUUCGAAUGCAACUUUGCAUUUCAACUGUGAAUAUAAUCCUGAAGAUAGCAUUGAAAGUAAAGAUGAACACGGUGUUCAUUUAUUUACAAUCAUUGAUGUGUGUUUGCUACCGCACCCAGAUGCAGAUCAUUCCAAUGUUUAUCAUUGUGAAACUGAAAACAUGGAUUAUAAUAUGUAUGAGCUGCUUAUGGGAAUGCUCAGUGAACGAGGCAUUGAUAAUGAAUUUUUGACAGAUCUGUUAAAGAAAAGCACGCUUCUGGAACAUGAACAUUAUUUAAAAUUUUUGCAAAGUCUGCAGGAUUUUCUUGUGCAAAAGUGAAGAAAUUCAUGGUUGGUGGGCCAGUAUAUGAGUAGUAUUUUUCACAUUGUAUUUUGUUUCAACUAACUUUACGUUGAAAUAUUUACAUUAAAUUAUAUACAAUAAAA